AUUGUUCAACAAGGAACUGUGACCCGGAGACAACGAAUUUCACAAUUUAGCCAGUCUUAUUUGAGUGAAGUCUGCCACGUGUAUAAACUCCGACGGCCAAGCGUCAAGCUCAAUAGAGAAAAAAUUCUCCCGCCAAAAUAUCGGCCCGCAUUUUCUGAAGCUAGAAGUUCCAACAACCCCCUAAUCUGUUUUUCUUGCUCCACUGCGUUCCGACUCGGAGACUUGAAUCUGCUUGAAAACCGCCCCAUUUGCCCUAGCUUUAUUAAAGCUAGGGUUUUUUCCCCCGACAAUGGAGGGCGAGGAGAUUUUGCGCCGAUCUCCAAGAGGCCCGAAAUCUACCUCUUCCGCAGCGUCUGAGAAUGGUAGCCCCGAAGCUCCGUCGUGCAAGAAUGGCAGCAGCAAAGCUCCUUUGCCGAAAUCGGCCGCUUCGACAAUGUCGGGGGAGAAGAUCUUAAGGAAGUCUCCGAGACUGGUGAAAUCCCCAGAACCAGAACUGGGCUCUUCGACAAUGUCGAGGGAGAAGAUCUUAAGGAAGUCUCCGAGAAUGAUGAAAUCCCCAGAACCAGAACUGGGCUCUUCACCAGUGUCGAGGGAGAAGAUAUUAAGGAAAUCUCCGAGACUGACGAGAUCUCCGGAACCAGAACUAGGCUCUUCGACAAUGUCGGGGGAGAAGAUAUUAAGGAAAUCUCCGAGACUGACGAGAUCUCCGGAACCAGAACUGAGCUCUUCGACAAUGUCGGGGGAGAAGAUAUUAAGGAAAUCUCCGAGACUGACGAGAUCUUCGGAACCAGAACUGGGCUCUUCGACAAUGUCAGGGGAGAAGAUCUUAAGGAAGUCUCCGAGAUUGACGAGAUCUCCGGAACCAGAACUGGGCUCUUCGACAAUGUCAGGGGAGAAGAUCUUAAGGAAGUCUCCGAGACUGAUGAAAUCCCCGGAACCAGAACUGGGCUCUUCAACUCCUGAAAUUACUGGAAAUGGUAGUAGCCGGAAAAGUCCGAGGCCAAAUUCUGCUGAUCUGAAGGUGGAGAAACAGUCUUCGAAGAAGCCAAAGGUGGAGAAACAGUCUUCGGAGAAGCCGAAGGUUGAGAAACAGUCUUCGGAGAAGCCGAAGGUGGAGAAACAGUCUUUGGAGAAGCCAAAGGUACAUUCUUCAUCGAAGAAAAAACAGAGCGAACCAGACGGUCUGUGCGUCUUUAUGGGAGAUCCGAUCCCUAUGGAUGAAGCUCGGAAGCGGUGGCCUCGACGCUACGAAGAAACGGGUAAACAGAGUAACGGUCGGAGCAACAUCUCCACAGAUGAUGAUGAAGAUGAAAUUGUUUUGGAUGUCAAAUGCCACUAUUCCCAAGCUGAUGUAGCUCGUUGUAUUAUUAAUCUUGGGGAUUGUGCCUAUGUGAAGGGUGUAGAAGGAAGACCAAAUUAUAUUGGCAGGAUUUUAGAAUUUUUUGAAACAGUGGAAGGACAAAACUAUUUCACAGUCCAAUGGUUUUUUAGAGCUGGAGACACUGUUAUGAAAGAAGAAGGUGCUUUCCAUGAUGAGAAGCGCGUGUUCUACUCUGACCUAAGGAACGAUAAUCUAUUAGAAUGCCUUGUUUCAAAAGUCAAGAUUGUACCAACAGCUCCUAGGGUAGGCUUACAACUAAGGACAAAAUCGAUUCCUCCAUGUGACUUUUAUUAUGAUAUGAAAUACUCUGUAGACUAUACAACAUUCAGUACCAUGGCAACUGAUAAUUCAGGGGAAAGCAGUAAUAUAUCCUCAUCUAGUUGCAUUGAAACAGUUCGAAUGGGUGGUAUUGAGAUUCAAUCUCAUUUGAGUUGUAAACCUGACGAGUCAGAGGUAGCACUAUUAGAUCUCUAUUCCGGUUGUGGUGCAAUGUCAACUGGAUUGUGCCUCGGGGCCAAGUUCUCAGGUGUAAAUCUCGUAACGAGAUGGGCUGUUGAUUUUAAUGAAUCUGCAUGUCAAAGCUUGAGACUAAAUCAUCCAGAGACACAAGUCAGGAAUGAAACCGCAGAGGAUUUUCUUGACCUAUUGAAAGAAUGGGAGAAACUAUGCAAAUGGCAUGUAGAUACUGGUACUGAAAAAGUGUGGAAAUCCUGUACACGGUUGUCGAGGAUGGUUGAUACAGAAAUAGAUUCCCAUGAUGAUAAGAUUCCACCUGGGGAAUAUGAAGUUUUGAAGCUAGUUGAUAUCUGUUAUGGUGAUCCUUGUAAAAUGGGAAAGCGUGGGCUCAGAUUUAAGGUUCGCUGGGCCGGUUAUGGUCCAAGUGAAGAUACAUGGGAGUUGAUUGAAGAAUUGAGUAAUUGCCAAGAUCGAAUUCAAGAUUUUGUAAGAGAAGGUUUCAAAUCAAAGAUAUUGCCACUUCCUGGUGAUGUCGAUGUGAUAUGCGGUGGCCCUCCAUGCCAAGGGAUCAGUGGUCAUAAUCGCCAUAGAAAUGUUGAUGCUCCUCUUGACGAUGAGCGGAAUCAUCAGAUUGUUGUUUUCAUGGAUAUAGUGAAGUUUUUGCAGCCUAAAUAUGUUUUGAUGGAGAAUGUGGUCGACAUCUUGAAAUUUGCCAAGGGUUGUCUUGGACGAUAUGCUUUAAGUCGGUUAGUCCAUAUGAAUUAUCAAGCAAGACUUGGAAUUAUGGCUGCUGGUUGUUAUGGCCUUCCACAAUUCCGCUUGCGUGUAUUCCUAUGGGGGGCUCAUCCUUAUGAGAACCUACCUCAAUAUCCACUCCCUACGCAUGAUGUGGUUUUACGAGGUUCUGUUCCAACUGAAUUUGAGCGUAGUACUGUUGCUUAUGAUGAAGAACAGCCUCGGGAACUGGAAGAUGCCCUUCUUCUCAGUGAUGCUAUUUCUGAACUUCCAUCGGUCACAAAUGAUGAAACUAAUGAGGAGAUGCCCUAUGGCAAUGCUCCACAAACAGAGUUCCAAAGGUUUAUUAGAUCUACCAUCGAUGAGAUGACUGGUUCAACAUUCCAUGGUGUACAAAAGACUAAAAAAUCAGUAUUAUAUGAUCAUCGCCCUAUUCAAUUAAAUGAGGACGAUUAUAUGCGAGUUUGUCAAAUCCCAAGAAGAAAGGGAGCUAAUUUCAGGGAUCUCCCUGGUGUUAUUGUUGGAGGCAACAAUGUUGUCAAGUUGGAUCCAACAAUGGAGAGGGUAUUAUUACCAUCUGGAAAGCCCCUGGUUCCUGAUUAUGCCCUUAGUUUCAAUGGAGGGAAGUCUACAAAACCUUUUGGAAGGUUAUGGUGGGAUGAUACCGUGCCAACUGUACUGACUAGAGUAGAUCCUCAUAACCAGGCAACUAUACAUCCCGAGCAAGAUAGAGUCCUCACCAUACGUGAGUGUGCAAGAUUGCAAGGCUUUCCUGAUUAUUAUAGAUUCUCUGGGACGGUUAGGGACAGAUACACUCAAAUUGGCAAUGCUGUGGCUAUUCCAGUCUCACGAGCCUUGGGAUAUGCAUUUGGGAUGGCGUGGCUGAAGGUUAGUGGAGAUCAACCACUCUUGACUCUCCCACCCAAGUUCUUCCACUCGACCACUCGGCGGCUGCCUUCAUCGUCUUCCGAAGUUGAAGGCUAAUUCCUUUCACCUCUUUGCAAUAGUUCUAAUUCCAACAUUGAACAGUCCUAACCCUCUUUAAAUAAGAGGAAGCAUGUGAUGCUUGGUUGACAAACUGUACAUGUGGUGCCACUUCUGGCUAUCCAAAUCAUUCAUAUGCUGGGCCUCACCCUAGACUGUGUUACCCAAUAGUUGUCCCCACCGAAUGUUCCUAACCCUCCAUUUGACCCCUGCUAAUUUUGGUCUGUUGAUUGCAAUGUGCUUUCAUUAGGAUGGCCAGGAUCCUCCUCUGAUGGGGAGAUACUAGGGCUUGAGUGAUCUGAUAGUGGGGCUACCGGAUCAAUGGCCCCAGUUAAAAUGUGGGUCCCACCUUGGUCUAACGAAAGAAAAGUCUGUGUCUCAAUUGAGCAUCAGAUACGACCUUGUUAAAUAACAGGGUGAUGAUUUCCUUUGCUGCCUUUUUAUUUUUAACCUUUAAGCCAGGGUCUUGAUUCUUCGGCACCAGAGUAGAUGAUUCAACUGAAAUUAACCCCUCAAAGAAAAGGUACACUCAUAGAAACUAUACAGUGCGCCCCUUUGGCUAAUUUGUAAUGUUUUACUCUGUUUUAAAUUAUCUUGUUUUCACUACAAGAAGCUCAUUCUGGUUAUGCUGUUCUUUUCUUUCGAUAUGGUUUUCAUAAUGUAUGAUUCUAAGCAUCAAUUGCUGAUUGCCUCCUGGCGACGUUUGAAUUCGAUGGCAAUGACCAUUCCUUCAUUUUAA